UGGAAACUCCACUCCCUCUCUUCUAGUUCUCUGCAUUCUGCACACUCUACUCGACUUUUUUCUUGUCUCCUCUGCCUUAUUUCCAAGUUUUUCUUCUAACUAGAAAUCGAUCAAUUAUAUGAUCCCCUAAUGUUUUUACUUGGCUUGCCUGUGCCAUCCUAGACCAAAACGAAGACUCGUAUGUUUCUCACUCUUAAAUGGUAGUUUGAUGGCUGCAAUCUCUCAACCCUCUCAAACAGCAUCGCUACCUCACCACGACCACGAGCCUCAUAAGCUGUCAUCCCACCCAAACCCGAGUAGUAACGCCGAGGUGCAUGCAAAAUCCCCAAAUCAAAAUCAAAAUCAAACCCCAAACCCAAACCAAAACCCUUCUACCGCCUCUAUUAGAAGAGUGACCUAUUCCAACAAUAUUGCUGAAUCUACCGCUGCUGAUAUCUCGAUUGUGUCUUCCAACACUUCCCGUCAGCAACCACCAACCUCCUCUACCGGCUCUGCUCCUAUCGCUACCACUACUAAGAACCCCAAAUCCGGAGGGCUCUUCGCUUUUGCUGCCGCUGCCAUUGACAAGAUAUCUGAGCCUACUAUUCGCAGUCGCGCUUCUACGUCUGCUUUAAGUCGCUUGUCGGUUGUGUUAGAUUCGCCCACCAGCAGCGAGAAUUCCAAUUCCGACAGGUCUUCGAAAAUUCGUAGCCUCUCAAGCAAUUCGUCUUCGCCUUCGACGCCUACCGUUUUGAGUCCUCUGUCUGACGGAAAACGGUCGAGUCAGUUGUCGCUGAAGGACCCCAUCUCCAAGCCAUACUCUGAGACAGACGCCAGCCGGCCGCCUCCAAUUCUGUUGACAGGCUUGGAGAACAAAAUGCAUCAAACUUCCUCGAGGUUGCUCCGCAUGACGGAUGACGACCGUCCAUUCACUAAGGACUUUAAGGAUUUAUUUUCGACUUUGAUCGUUAGCUUGCUUCCGCUAUCCGCUCACCGAGUGCGAUUAACACGAAUUGAGCACACAUUCUUGUCGGAAGAUGCUAUUAACAACUUGGGUUCGUUGAAAUUCUCCCAGUCGAACCGUAUGCCCGACCCAAAGGAUCCGUCGCGCAUCGUAACGACCACUACAACGACGACAUUCUCCAUGGCAAAGGAUAUGGCUAGGUCGAUAUGUCAACGAUUUUUGGAUGCUAGGUUCAUCGAAUCGGCUGAUGGUAAAAUGCAACAAGUUUACACGAUGAAGGGCUCAGUAUGGCAAUUAACGCCGAAGGGAGUUUGCGUCUUGGACCGCUUCUGCUCAAGAAAUGGUAUCCAGCAAAGGCAAAUCAGUGACCUCAUUGCUUUGGGGAUGAGUUAUCUGUGCAUCUUAGAAAGAGACAGUCAAACCGAUAAGCUAGUGAUGGAGCGAGGGACAAUGGAAGUCAUUUUUAGGAGAAUGAUUGGUUCCAAUGGUCUUAACAUCAAGUCGAGCGUAAGCGCGGCUGACUCGGAUUCGUUGAGCGAUUAUCGUGAUGGUCUGACGGGUGUAAAAAUGGCCAGCGAGCGCAAGAUUGGCGGCAGGACAUAUAAAGAUACGUUCACUGGUAAGGCUUGCUCAGACUGGUUGAUGGAUUGUUGCACUACCGUGGAUCGCCGCGAGACCUACGAGAUGGGCACACUAUUCGUUCAAUACGAGCUCAUGGAACCGGUUCAGCACGACCGAAUAUUUAUGGCCAAUUCACCCAGCGCCGUCUCAUUCCAACCUACCAAAAAUGCUAUCUACCAAUUGACAGCUAAGGGUAGAGAUAUAAUCAGUGGUGGCGCAGGAAGAGGACGCACGUCGGAGAGUGAAGGGAUCGUCUCGGCGCGUACUGGAAUUGCUAGGGACUCCAAUACACAGCGUCUUGAUAAGAUCCUGAACGACGCCGCGUUACGAUUAUUAUUUCGAGAGAACCUGCGAGAGACGCAUUGCGAGGAGAAUCUAUCCUUUUAUUUAGAUGUGGAUGACUUCGUACACGGUUGCCGCCAAGCGAUCAAACAGGCCCAGAAAACUCCUACCUCAACAUCGAUGGAUGGAAUCAAGGAGAUCAUGGCGCAAGCAUAUGGCAUCUACAACGCAUUCCUGGCACCGGGCUCGCCUUGCGAGCUGAACAUUGACCACCAGCUACGUAACAACCUUGCGACUCGUAUGACCAAGGCAGUCGGGCAAGAUGUAGCUAUGAUCGACACGCUGCAUGAGGUCACUACUCUUUUCGAAGAUGCUCAAAACGCCGUUUUCAAAUUAAUGGCUAGUGACUCCGUCCCGAAAUUCUUGCGCAACGCAAAGUAUGAACAUACUCUGAAGAACUACGACUUCGAUGCCAUCGUUAUAGGUAAUCGUGGGCCAGAACGAAGUCAAAGUCAAUCCAACCGAAAGUGAAGGAGACGAUCGAUUGAUCGAUAUUGCUAAACGAGACCUUAUGCCUUGACCGA